AUGGCAGAUAAACAAGUCACAGAGAACAAAAGAAGGACAAUAGCAUUAAAGUCUUCCCAAGCAACAGAGGAAAUUAGUGAUGACGAUGAUGAUGAUGACUUCGACAUAGGGAAGUACAUCUCUCUUAUAACCAGAUGCUUCAAGAAGUUCCUAAGAAAGAAAAUGAAGAUGCCUUACAAGAACAAAUAUCAUGGAGAUAAGUCCUAUGGAGAAAAAGGUAUGGAUGAUGCUUUAUUUGGGAAGGAGGCAGAUGCCAAAAUGGCAUAUUUAGUUGCUCUAAAACAUCAUGAAAAGUUGUGGGCUGAAAAAUCCAGAAUUAGAUGGCUUAAGCAGGGGGACAGGAACUCCAAAUUAUUUCAUCUCUAUACUAAGAUCAGAAGAGCAAGAAACAUUGUCAGAAUGGUUGAAAAGCAUGAUGGGACAAAAAUGUAUGAUAGAGAUGGGAUUUCUAGCUAUAUGGUUGACUAUUAUGAAGGGUUCCAUAGUUUAUCUCCUAUUAAUGAUCACUUAGAGCUGCUGGACUCUAUUCUGACCUUGGUGGAUGAGGUUGACUUGCUUACUCUAGAUGCUAUUCCUGGAGUUGUGGAAAUUAAAAAGGCUAUGUGGGAUCUUGACCCGGACAGUUCUCCUGGUCCAGAUGGCUUCCCAGGUUACUUCUUUCAUCAUUGCCGGGAGGUGGUGUGUGAUGAUUUUGUUCGUACUAUCAAAGAUUUUUCCCUUAGUGGCAAAAUGGCUCCAACUAUCAAUAAUAAUUUUUUAGCUCUUAUUCCUAAAGUAGAUGGUGGUUCUACAUUGGAUAAGUACUGGCAUCUCUGUAUGGGAAAUUUUUUUUGUAAAGUCUUGUCAAAAAUUCUUGCAACAAGAAUGCCAUAUCUUUUGCCUAGGCUGAUUUCUGAUGAGCAGAAGGCGUUCCAAAGAGGGAAAAUUAUUCAUACCAAUAUUGGUGUGGGAUCAGAGUUAACUAAUGUUAUGUUCUCAGAUACUAGAGGAGGAGGAAUGGGCAUCAAGAUUGACAUUCAGAAAGCUUUUGACACCAUCUCGUACGAAUUUUUACUUCAUGUGAUGAGAAAGUUUGGAUUCUCUGAAAAAUAG